AUGAGUUCCUGUUUAGAUGAGAAGAUCACUUGCGAAUUAAUAAACGUAAAAGCACAAGAUAUUCUUAAUAAUUUGGAAUAAAUUGCCCCCAAUUAUGAUUCUACAAUUAUAUUGACAAUUUAAUAAUCAUAUAUUAAAACCUAUUUCUGUAAAAAUGAAGAGAUAAAAUUUCUCUCAAGUUCUAAAGUCACUAAAGAUAAGUACUAUUCUUAAAUUUAAUAUUUAACAACUUCAAAUACAUAUAUAGCAAUACCAUAAUCAUAAAUCCUAAUAUCAACUCUUUAUGGUGUGAAUUCUAGAAAAUUUAUGUAGAAAGUUAAACAUUAAUUUUAUUCAUGUUAGAGUUUAUUAUUGAAUAAAAAAGAAAACAUUCUAUUUUUGACUGAAUUUAAUUAAAUUGAAGUUUUUGAAAAAUAAAUUAUUGGAUGGAAAAGCAUUGACCUACUCCAAACACUAAGUAACAGAGAUAGCAUUUGUUCAUUAUGUUUGAGUCCUGAGGAGGAUUAUUUAGUUACUAGUACAUCUAAUUAUUACAGCGGAUCCCCUGCUAUUGUUGUUUAUAGAAAGAAAGUUGUGGAUAACUAAAAGUAUUGGAUGCUUACAUAAGGAAUAAGCUCAGAUAGUGGAGAAUUAUGGGGAUUUGUAAAUAAUUUUCAAUUUCUAUUUUUGAAUUUUGAUAGUUUAUAAAUUUACACAGAAAAUCAACAGAAUAAAAAAUUUGAAAAUACAAACACUAUUUAAUUUGAAAUUCCUUAUUUUUAAUGCAAAUCUUUUGCUUUUUUGCACCAACAUUAAAUUUUAUUAAUUAUCACUAUUAAUAGUAUUUACGUUAUGAAAUUAUAGGAGGAGAAAAAAUUACUGUUAAAAUAAUAGAUUUAAAUCAACUUAUCAUAAUUGAUAAAAUCAAAUCCAGCAUCAAUGCAAUUCAACUCUAUUCUCACUAAAGAUGGAAAAUAUCUAUUCAUCUGGAAUGGAGUUAAAACACAAGUUAUGAGUUUAACUAAUCUUUGA